CAGUCUAUAUGAUGUCUAAUUCAUAAAAAGAGGAGCCUCUGGACUAUGUGGUCAUAAGAAAUGGCUCUGAAAAUCCAAGAGGGAGUACUUCUUCUUCUUUUUUUUUUUAGAAUAAAGAAGUUGUUUGGGGUUUGCAGUCUAAUAACUCUGGACAGAGUCUAUUUGUUGGUCCAAAGGCACAACAAUUUGAAGCCAUUAUAGGCUCUGCCUUGUUUAUGAGUUGUUGCACUGUCAAAUCAAGGUUUUCAGGUAGAAAGAAAGAAAAAAAAAACUUGGAGAUUUGUACAUGAGGAUCUGAUGUCAAUAGGAACCUGUCUCACAUACUUGACAGCCGAGCAAAUUCAAUUGGACUGACUCCGCCUCGCUCAUGCGGGACUUGUCCAAAAGCAGGCUUUCUCCACGCCGCCGUGCACCCUGUCUGCGUGCCCCUGCUGCUCCUCUCCCUGUCGGAGUCUCUCCUCCUUCACGCACACCCCCCGACUUCCCUCCCAUCAGCCCAGUCACUCACCCCCCCUCCAUCAUCAGCAGGCGAGGAGCAGCCAGACGCGCAGGAACCCCCACCCCCAAAAAACGCAAGCGGCGGCAGGAGCAGGAAGCGGCAGGAGCCAGGACACUUUCCCCGGGAGCAACAUGUUCCCAGCCCGGAGACGACUGGGGGUCCGAGGCAGCACCGGCAGCGGCGGGGGCUCGACGGGACCAAAGCGGACCAGGUUUGGAGCUGGACAGGUUGGACAGGUGCGGGUCUCCUGUUGGAUUCUGCUGCUGUCGACUUCUAUCCCCAGCGCUCAUCCUCAAGUAGACGAUGUCCCGCCUUAUUUUAAAAUGGAUCCUCCUCAGACCCAGGUUCACCUAGAGGGAAACCGUCUGGUUCUGACCUGCAUGGCAGAGGGCAGCUGGCCCCUGGAAUUCAAAUGGAUUUACAACGGGACCGAGCUCACCCGCUUCUCCCUGGAAUACAGAUACCUGAUCCCCUCGCUAGACCGACUGCAUGCUGGCCACUACCGCUGCAUUGUGAGAAACCGAGUGGGUGCUAUAAUGCAGUGCAGCACAGAAGUGCAGGUUGCCUAUAUGGGUGGUUUUGUGGAGGGGGAGCGCUCUCAAACUGUAUCCCAGGGCGAGGGCGCUCUGAUCCACGCACCGCGGAUACACAGCUUCCCGAGGCCCCAGAUCACUUGGUUCAGAGACGGGCGGAAGAUUCCCUCAAGCAGCCGCAUUGCCAUCACUCUGGACAACACCCUGGUCAUCCUGUCCACAGUCGCCCCGGAUGCGGGGCGUUACUACGCCCAAGCGGUCAACGACAAGAAUGGGGAGAACAAAACCAGCCAGCCAGUCACUCUCACAGUGGAGAAUGUGGGAGGACCUGCGGACCCCAUCGCCCCCUCCAUCAUCAUCGCCCCAAAGAACACCACUGUAACGGUGGGGAGAAACGACGCCAUCAUGGAGUGUGUUGCAAAUGCAAGACCCCUCGUUAAAAUGAGCAUUACUUGGAGGAAAGACGGAGUAGUGGUCAAUACGGGGAUACGAGAUUUCGGCCGCAGAUUGGUCAAAAGUUUGCCCACGGUCAGCGACAGCGGCUACUAUGAGUGCGAGGCGUCGCUUCGCAGCAGCAGCGUCCCCCCUGUCACCGCUGGGGCCUACCUGCACGUUCUUGAAUAUCCCCUGUUCAUAAAAGAGCCACCAAGUCACAUCACUGCAGAAAUGGAGAAGGUGGUGGAUAUUCCUUGUCAGGCACGAGGAACACCACAGCCUGACAUAGUGUGGUAUAAAGAUGCAGUGCCCAUCAGCCCCGUGAAGAUCCCCAGGUACAAGGUGUUGGUCGGAGGCAGCCUGCAGAUCAACGGCCUCCUGCCUGAUGAUACGGGAAUGUUUCAGUGCUUCGCACGCAAUCUUGCCGGAGAGAUCCAGACAAACACCUACCUAGCUGUUACAAGUAUUGCUCCCAACAUCACCGCUGGCCCCUCUGACAGCGCAGUGAUUGAUGGCAUGUCAGUCAUUCUGCAUUGUGAGACCUCAGGAGCUCCGCGCCCAGCGAUCACCUGGCAGAAAGGUGAACGAGUGCUGGCCAGCGGCUCGGUCCAGCUGCCGAGGUUCACCCUGCUGGAGUCYGGCAGCCUGCUCAUCAGCCCCUCCCACCUGUCUGAUGCUGGGACCUACACCUGCAUGGCCAGUAACUCCAGGGGCAUUGACGAGGCCUCUGCUGACCUGGUGGUUUGGGCACGUACGCGCAUCACUAAACCACCGCAAGACCAGAGUGUCAUCAAAGGGACCAAGGCUGUUAUGACUUGUGGAGUGACCCACGAUCCCAGUGUCACCGUCAGGUAUGUGUGGGAGAAGAGCGGCUCGGUGAUUGACGUGAACACGUCGCCCCGCCUGCGUCUGGAUCCUGACGGGACUCUGCACAUCUCCCAGACGUGGUCGGGUGACAUUGGAACAUAUACCUGCAGGGUAACAUCCGUGGGUGGCAACGACUCCCGCAGCGCCCACCUCCGAGUCAGGCAACUGCCACAUGCUCCAGAGAACCCGGUGGCUGUUCUGAGCAACACGGAGAAGAGGGGCAUCAACCUCACAUGGGCCCAGGCCUUCGACGGCAACAGCCCCCUGAUCCGUUACCUCCUGGAGGUCUCAGAAAACAACGCCCCUUGGACGGUGCUGCUGGCGAACAUCGAGCCCGAGUCCACCGGGGUGGUCGUGGGUGGCCUCAUCCCGGCACGUUCCUAUCAGUUCCGCCUGUGUGCCGUCAACGAUGUGGGCAGAGGCCAGUUCAGCAAGGAGACCGAUCGACUGACUCUCCCCGAGGAGCCUCCCAGUGCACCCCCUCAGACCGUCAUGGCGAGUGGACGCACCAAUCAGUCCAUCAUGAUCCAGUGGCAGCCCCCACCGGAGAGCCACCAGAACGGCCCGCUUCAGGGCUACAUCAUCAGGUACUGUCUGUCAGGGCUUCCAGUGGACUGUCAGAUAAAAAACAUCACUAACCCGGACCAGACCAGCCUGAUCCUGGAGGACCUCAUCAUCUGGACAAACUAUGAGAUUGAAGUAGCCGCCUACAAUGGAGCAGGCAGGGGCACCUACAGCCACAAAGUCACUGAGUGGACUCUGCAAGGAGUGCCCACUGUGCCUCCGGGAAAUGUACAAGCUGAGGCUGUCAACUCCACCACUGUGCGUUUUACCUGGACUGCCCCAAGUCCUCAGUUUAUCAAUGGAAUCAACCAGGGAUAUAAGCUCUUGGCAUGGGAACCAGGUCGCUCUAACGAGGUCAGCAUGGUUACAGUCCGCCCCAACUUUCAGGACAGCGUUCAUGUCGGCUAUGUGUCGGGCCUGAAAAAGUUUACAGACUAUUAUACGUCCGUGCUGUGCUUCACCACCCCUGGAGAUGGGCCCCGCAGUCCUCCUCUGCGUGUACACACCCACGAAGAUACCCCUGGAGCUGUGGGACACCUGAGUUUCACCGACAUCCUGGACACGUCUUUAAAAGUCAGCUGGAAAGAGCCACAAGAGAAAAACGGUCUUUUAACAGGUUAUCGCAUCUCCUGGGAGGAGUUCAACCGAACCAACAGCAGGGUGACCCAUUAUUUGCCCAACCUGACUCAGGAGUACAGGGUGACGGGGCUCACUGCGCUCACGACUUACACCAUUCAGGUGGCAGCCAUGACUUCCAAAGGCCACGGACUGCCCUCUGCYUCCACCAUAUCUUCUGGUGUGCCCCCGGAGCUGCCUGGUCCUCCCACAAAUUUGGCCAUUUCUAACAUCGGCCCACGUUCCGUCACCCUGCAGUUCAAACCUGGUUACGACGGCAAGACGUCAAUUUCGCGUUGGCAGGUCGAAGCUCAGAUUAGUAUAGUUGGAGAGAAUGAAGAGUGGUUGAUGGUUCAGGAGUUGCCUAARGAGCCCGAUGCCAGAUCACUGGAUGUCCUCGACCUCAACCCUUACACCUUUUACAGGUUCAGGAUGCGUCAGGUGAACAUCGUAGGCACCAGUCCUCCCAGUCAGCCCUCCAGAAAGAUCCAGACCCUUCAAGCACCCCCAGACGUCUCCCCCGCAAACGUCACUCUGCGCACAGCCAGUGAGACCAGCCUGUGGCUUCGCUGGGUGCCUCUUCCAGAGUGGGAGUACAAUGGCAAUCCAGAUCUCGUUGGCUACCGCAUCCAGUACUCAAAAGCGGGAUCAAAAGGCGGGGUCCUUUCCCACGUCAUCAUGGACCGGCUGGAGCGGGAGUUCACCAUAGAAGACCUGGAGGAGUGGACGGAGUACGAGGUCAGAGUUCAGGCCAUCAARGGCAUCGGUUCUGGACCUUGGAGCCAGGCGGUCCACGGCAGAACUAGGGAGUCUGUGCCUUCCAGUGGUCCCACCAACGUGUCGGCGUUCGCCACCACCUCCAGCAGCAUCCUGGUGCGGUGGGGCGAAGUCCAGGAGUCGGACCGCAACGGACUCAUCCUCGGCUAUAAGGUCGUGUAUAAGGAGAAAGACUCAGACACAGCCCCCYACUUCUGGACGGUGGAGGGCAACAACAGUCACAGCGUCCAGCUAAGCAGUCUGGGCAAAUACGUCCUCUACGAGAUCCAGGUUCUGGCUUUCACCCGGAUCGGAGACGGAAGAUGCAGCUCGCCUCCCAUUCUAGAAAGAACCUUGGAUGAUGUACCAGGUCCUCCGGUUGGCAUCUUGUUCCCAGAAGUCAGAACCACAUCAGUCAGGCUCAUCUGGCAGCCUCCUGCACAGCCCAAUGGCAUUAUACUGGCGUACCAGAUCACAUACAGGAGAAACUCGUCGAGCAGCAGCGCCGCCACUGUGGACGUGUUGAGCCCCAGCGCGCGACAGUACACGGCAGCUGGACUGAAACCAGAAACGGUUUACGUGUUCCGCCUCACCGCCCAAACACGGAAAGGCUGGGGGGAGGCUGCCGAGGCUCUGGUGGUCACCACGGAGAAGAGAGCACACCCCCAGCCCACGAGCCGUCCCACGGUGCCUCAAGAAGAAGUCCAGGCGCGCAGAGUGCUGUUGUCAUGGGAACCGGGCAGUGACGGCCUGUCGCCUGUUCGUUACUACACAGUUCAGUACCGGGAGCUGCCAGACAGAAACUGGACUGUCCACUCCGCAUCCGUCAGCCAUGAGACUAACUCCUACAUAGUGGACAGGUUAAAGCCGUUCACCUCGUACCAGUUCCGUGUUAAAGCCACCAACGACAUCGGAGACAGUGAAUACAGUGAGGAGAGCGAGGCCAUCACUACGCUGCAGGAUGCUCCGGACAAACCGCCAACAAUCUUGUCCGUCACUCCUCACACCACCACCUCUGUACUAGUUCGAUGGCAGCCUCCCUCCGAGGAUCACAUAAAUGGAGUUUUGUUGGGGUUCAGGGUCAGGUACCGGGAGUUACACUAUGACCGACUGCGCAGCUUCUCUGUCCGCACAGUAAACAGUCCUUCAGCAAACUGGGCUGACUUUACUGCUCCCUACAGCGUCAGGAAUUUGACGGAGUCUUCUCUAACACAGUACGAACUGGACAAUCUGAGUAAACACAAGCGCUAUGAGAUCCGUCUUAGUGUGUAUAACGCCGUGGGGGAGGGUCCAAGCAGUGCUCCACAGGAAGUGUUUGUGGGAGAGGCGGUCCCAACAGCUCCUCCUCAAAACGUGGUGGUCCAGUCUUCAACAGCUACUCAGUUAGAUGUGACAUGGGACCCACCUCCUCUGGAUGCUCAGAAUGGAGACAUACAAGGUUACAAGAUCUACUUUUGGGAGUUUCAGCUGCAGAACGAGACAGAGCGAGUGCGAACUCUGUUCCUGCCAGAGCUCGGGGUGAAGCUUAAGAACCUGACAGGCUACACCACCUACAUGAUCAGUGUGGCAGCCUUCAACGCUGCGGGUGAUGGGCCCCGCUCCCUGCCCACCAGAGGGCGCACUCAGCAAGCAGCACCAACUGCUCCCAGCUUCAUUCACUUCAGUGAGCUGACCACCACCUCGGUCAACGUGUCCUGGGGAGAGCCCAAGCAGGCCAACGGUAUCAUCGAGGGCUACCGCCUGGUUUAUGAGCCCUGCACUCCAGUCGACGACUCCUCUCCUCGCACUCCAGGUGUCAGUAAGAUAGUGACUGUAGAUGUGAAGGGCAGCGCUCCUCUGUGGAUGAAGAUCAAAGACCUAGCAGACGGCGUCACCUACAACUUUCGCAUCCGGGCUAAAACGCUCACUUAUGGUCCCGAGAUUGAGGCCAACAUCACCACCGGGCCUGGAGAAGGAGCCCCGGGCCCUCCCGGAGAACCCUUUAUUUCACGACAAGGCGCUGCCCUCACGCUGCACUGGACGAGCGGGGAUCAAGGUCGCGCACCCAUUACACGAUACGUGAUUGAGGCCAGACCUUCUGAUGAAGGGUUGUGGGAUAUUCUUAUCAAAGACAUUCCCAAAGAAGUGACAUCUUAUACACUUAAUCUGGACAUGCUACGGGAAGGGAUCACCUAUGACUUCCGCGUAAUUGCGGUCAACGAUUAUGGCUAUGGAUCUCCCAGCGCCCCGUCCCCUUCUAUAUCAGCUCAGAAAGUAUCUCCCUUCUACGAGGAAUGGUGGUUCUUGGUCGUUAUUGCCUUGGUUGGCCUCAUCUUCAUCCUCCUCCUGAUUUUCAUCCUCAUCAUUCGAGGCCAGAGUAAAAAAUACACCAAAAAAGCCGACUCUGGAAAUCACUCUAACUGCACUGCACUGCCUCUGACCCACGGGGAGAUGGUGCGCCUCGAUGAGGGACGUUUCCCAGCCUUGGAGCUCAACAACAGACGCCUUUCUGGGAAAAACUCUUUCUACCGCAAAAAUGGCAUCUACACCCGGUCUCCUCCUAGACCCAGUCCUGGAAGUCUGCACUACUCWGAUGAGGAUGUCAGUACUAAGUAUAAUGACCUGAUUCCAGCAGAGAGCAGCAGUCUGACUGAAAAACCCUCUGAGAUAUCUGACUCUCAGGGCAGCGACAGCGAGUAUGAAAUGGAUCAGAGCCGGCAGAAGACCCACUCCUUCGUCAACCACUACAUCAGCGACCCCACCUACUACAACUCCUGGCGGCGGCAGCAGAAAGGCGUCUCCCGCCCGCCGGCGUACGGCCACUCCCAGCCCGAGCCCCUGGUGGAGCAGGAGUCCCGAGCGCACCCGCCACCCGUGCCCCCGCUGCCCCCUCUCCUCCCCCCGAGCGCCCCGUCCCCGCAGCCGCAGGCCCAGGGCACGCUGUUCAGGCCGAAGGGAAGCCGGACUCCCACCCCCUCCCUGCUGUCCUCGGAACCCCCCAGCCAGCACAGCACCCUCUACCGGCCCCCCAGCAGCUUGGGCUGUGCCACUCAGGCACCUACCGCGGGCUUCUCCUCCUUUGUUUGACACACAGCUGUCCUUCCGGUAACAACAGGAACUUGAAGACGAGUUUUGGAUUUUUUAUUAUUAUUAUUAUUAUUAUUAUUAGUUUAUAUUUAUUUUGCUCUCUUUUUUAUUUUUUAUUUUUGUCACGAUGACUGAGUUUUAACUCAACAUUCUAGGCAUUGCAGGCAUCUUAAAUAGUGCUUUCUCCUCUGUGAAGAGUGCGUGUGUAUGACUGUUUGGCACGUUUGGUUGGUUAAUCUCUGUAAUCUGUAUUUCAUGAAAAGACAAUCAUUAGAAUGUUUUGUUUUUUUGUUUUUUUGCAAUAUACAUAGUUUAAUUAAGUUGAUGGAUGUAAACAAGGAUAAACAGAGCUAAAAGUUKUGAAGAUUUUAAAAAAAGAGAUAAUUUCUUGUUUAUAAAAAUGUGUAUUUUGGUUUAUCACGAGAGCUUUAUCGAAAACAACCACCUUAGAUCCGUGUAGAGGACAGAGCACUUACUGAAACUGAACUAAAAACGAGGACAACGUGACGGAGUUGUUGACGAGUGGAUGUGAGAAAUGGACUCUGAUUUGGAGAGAGAGCCACUGGCGGUCAGCUGUGCCCCUCCCCCCGCCCCGCCCAGCCGCCUCAUGGUUCUCCACGUUGCUCGCCGCUGGAGCUGCGGUUUGUGUUUACUAUACGUACUUGUCUCARAUUGUUUACCAGAUAUUUAUAUCAGCUUCAAGCUCCAGUUUUUUUUUUCCCGAACAUCACUAGUGACAAUGUUAUGAAUGACAUUUAAAAGCAUUGUGGCACCUUUAUAGUAGUCUGAGGAUAUUGGUUGUUUGCUGGUGCACAAAGAUAAAUCAACUUUCAUAAUGUGCAAUGCUCUUUAAUCUUACUCACAGGAAGUGACUGAGGACCAAACGCACAAACGAUAGCAUAACUUUUACAGCCACACUAUAUAUGUGUGCUAAGAAAAGCAAAGAACAACAACUCACUUUCUUCAUUUUAAUCAGUUAGAACAAGAWGUAUGUCUACUAAAAGUUUCAAAAGAAUAACUUAGCUGAAAUUUCUAUUUUUUUCCCUCAUAUGUCUACUUUUUUAUAGAUUUGUUUUGUAGAAAAGUAUCCCUGAAAAAAAAAACUAUUUUAAAAUUCUGUGAACACCAAUAUUUCGAACCACAGCAGCUUGUACUGUAGAUUUUACAGCCUGACUUUGUUCUGAACUGUGCAUCAAACGGUUAUUUAAAAGCCUCUUUUUUUUUCCUAAAAUGGCCAAAAGAGACAAAAGUGUAAAUGAGGACCGUCACAAUAUACGUGUGUUUAAAAUGUUGCAGCGCAGCACGGCAUUUAAGGAUUUCUGGAUUUUCGUUUUCUUAUUCUGUUUUUAUUUUUUAUUUAUUUUUUUUGCUAUGAAGAAAAUAUCCAUGCAGUAUGUUGUGCUUAUUUUUGCACCAAUUUUGCACAUUCUGGUUCAUCACAACCGUUCCAUGGGACUUUUGCUGUGCUGGAAUUGAACCCAAAGUGAAUAAAACAGUUUUGAAAUGUG